AUGCAGGUUUUUAACAAUCAACAUUACAAAUGGGAUGGAUUACUGGCUCAAAGAUACACCAUUGAACAUAUCAAAGUUGGACAACCGGACGCAAUUGAUUAUGUGUACAGCAAUAAUCCGAGCUACCCGGGCAGCCCUACAGCAUUUGGAUGCAAAUCAACUUUAUUUGAUAGUGCAACCUCUUCAAAUGGUGAUAAAUUUGCUGUCCUCUACACUGGCUACGUGAAAGUACCAUUUUCAGCUUUUUACAGCUUUACAAUUCAUCUUUGCGAUGAUUUAUGUGAUCUUUUUAUGACGAAAAACAACUUAGAGACCAGUAUUGUCAGGUAUAUAAUUGACUGGAACAAAAGUCCAGUUAUUUCCAAUGCUAGCAUGUUAUCAGCCAAUACCCUCUAUCCAAUCAAACUGUUCUUUGGUGAGCAAUCACAGGUUGAAAUCAUCCAAAUAAAGUAUACAUAUCUGAACAAUAGUUUUUUGUCAUGGAGUGGAAUGCUUUACAAUCUUAAAACAGAAGAAACAGCAAAAAGCAUCCCCGUCCCUGCAAUAUCAUUGAGCGGUUCAACGGCUGUGUUAGUUGAAUUUCUGUCCCAGCCUUAUCUCCCUAAGAAAGAUAGCUGGACGUACGCAUCAAAGCUAGAGCUGCAUUUUCACAGACAAGGGUACGAAAACGAGACGAGGAAGAUACUUUUGGCUAGGAUUCAUCCAUUCAGCUAUGUUGUAAACGGACUCAAUCAAUCUACCACAUACAUUUUUUACGUGCACUACUUUGGUUUAAUUGACAGAGAGGACCAGAACUUGAUUUCAGAAAAAGCUGUCAUAACAACAUUCACAAUAAACAGUAUCGUCGAAGAGACUCCAGUUGCAUUUUACACCAACAUUCUGUUCUCUGGAAAGGCACUUCAGAGCCAUAUUGUAGAGACCCUUGCCGUGACGUCAGUUGAGCAAUGUUUCUCACGCUGCCUUGAAUGUCUCCAGCGUAGUGAUGGAUGUUUUUGUGCUUCUUUCAACUAUAGAAAAUCUGGGACAGGCAAUGGCCGCCUUUGCGAAAUCAACAAGGAAAGCCAUGAAACAGUUUUUGGUGACUUCAAACCCAUUGAGGGAUCGCAGUAUUAUGUUGUUUCUUAAUUUCGUCUUAUUUUGUAUGUAAAUGAUUAAAAGUUGUCAUCUUUUUUCACUAUAAAAAUUGAAAAGGUACAGUUCGGAAACAUUAAGAAAUUCAGUUCAUAAAAGCUUUGCAUCUUUCUUUGCUAAUUCUCAUGUGCUUAACACCCAUUUCUAUGCUAAUAAAUUUCUUUGAAGUGUAAACUAAGAGUAGAAGUUACAUUUGGAGCGAAUAAAGUAUGACUAUCUGUUGUAACUUGCAAUAUGCUUGGUUGGCAUGGCUGGCACAUGCUUGGAGCAAUAUGGACAAUUGAAAAUUGAAAUAUUUGUUUGUUGAAAACUAAGAUUAAAAUGAGGUAUAAAAUGAGCGUCUAUUUCAGGUAAAUUUAUAUAAAUAAACUUUUUAAUCAUAGUAUUAUUGUUAGGUAUCAGGUAUAUAUUGACGAUUAUAACCAUCAAGCACUCCCAACUCCCUUUCCUACCUCUCCUCCCUCUCCUACCCCUCCUCCAUCUCCUACCCCUCCUCCAUCUCCUACCCCUCCUCCAUCUCCUACCCCUCCUCCCUCUCCUUCCCCUCCUCCUUCUCUUACCCCUCUCCCCUCUCCUAACCCUCCUCCCUCUCCUACCCCUCCUCCCUCUCCUACUCCUCCUCCCUUUCCUACACCACCUCCCUCUCCUACCCCACCUCCCUCUCCUACCCCUCCUCUCCCUCAACACAACAAGCCACUAUGUAGUUCAGGCACUGGUGUCAACAAUUUUAUCAUUCAUUUGGCUCGCGAAAGUCUUUGUCCCUGAGUGGGGGCACUGCAUGUGAUGUCACACUUGAGAACUCUAUUGUAAAGUUAGAAAUACAAAAAUAUAUCCUUAUGUUAUAUAUAACAUAUUUUUUUACUUUUGUUUUCCUCUCCAACUUGGAAAUUUUUGCUCUUUGGAAAUUGUUGUUUUGGUUUCAUUGUAUUUAUAUUUUCUGGAGACAUUUAUAAUCGUAGACAAUGAUAACCUUCUUUAUUUUUGCAUCCUCGGCUACCAUGAAGACUAAACCAGAUUAGAUUUCACUUUAAUGAAAAGAAAAGAUUUGUUAUCAAAACCAGCGAACAAAUUUUGUGAACCUUUGUUUCUUCUACUUUAAAAAUCUCAGGCCCAUUUUUGAUUC